AAGAGCAACCGUAAGCACAUUGACUUCUACGGCCCCGAGCCGAGGAUGUCUCGCGGUCACGUGCUCCUCCAACGGACCAAUCGGAGCGCUCUCCAGGAAGCACUUCCGGUGACAGUAUUUCCUGUCAGUGUUUGUAAACUGAGGAAAAAUUGGAACCACGACCAGCAAUAAUAUUCCCCAAAACCCCCCAUAAAUCGAUAGGCUUUGGCCCCUGAUGAUUUGGGGGGACUGUGGUCUCUCCUGUCACCCCCCCUCAUCCUGAGUGAAGCCCCCCCGCCCCCCUUCCUCUCUGUCCCCUCAAACACACACGCAUUCAAACCUCGGCGAUGACACACCAUUCCAACAGUUCAGUUCGAGACUAUUUGAAAUGGGCCGGGCUGCUGGGCUGUGAGGCGGUGUUGUCCAGCAUGGCCCUGAUGCAAGCCAACAACAUCCCAGGCCAGAAGAAGAUGAUGUCCUCCUCGGGUCACGGCCACAGGUCCAGUCCGGAGGGCCACCAGACACACUCGCAGCACAGCCACCACGGGCACCAAGUCCACCACGGCCAGGGCCACCACAGUCACAUGGGACACUCUUCAGACGGGAGCUGCCCCCCGCUGCUUAUCCGGAAAGACGGGGAAUAUCACACAUCGAGGAUUAUUGAGGGGAAGGACGUCCAGACGAACCAGAAUCUGCAGCCCAAGAAGAAGCACAAAAAGUCCCACAAAGCGAAGGAGAAGGUGGAAGUGUUGAUCCCGCACAUGCACCUGGACGACGACAGCUCCUUAAGAGUUCAGAAGAACUUCAUCUGCGACCACUGCUACGGGGCUUUCCGGAGCAGCUACCACCUCAAGCGACAUAUUCUCACACAUACAGGGGAGAAGCCAUAUGCCUGUGAUGCAUGUGACAUGCGGUUCAUCCAGCGGUACCACCUGGACAGACACAAGAGAGUGCACAGCGGGGAGAAGCCGUACCAGUGCGAUCGAUGCCAUCAGAACUUUUCACGGACGGACAGGCUGCUGAGACACCGGCGGCUGUGUACAGCCGGCGUGAGCAAAGAGGAAAGCCAGUACUCCCAGGAUGCAUCUGCCCAUACGGCUUCCUGGAGUCCCCUCCACCCCUCCAACAACCGUCUGACUGUUUGACCCUCAGCUUCCUAACACUCACUGGAGUUCUUACUCCAAAAGUAAACUUAACUAAAGACAGCCAAACCCAUAGUUUGCUCUAAACGGCUCAUAAUAGCGUUGGAGCACUUCUCAUACACGAGCAAAAGGAGACGAACUGAUUUGGACAUUAGGUUAUGGCAAUAAGCGAACUGAAAACGGCACCGCCAGGUACUCUGCGACAUUGCAGUUUUUGAGUCUCUACUCUUAGAUCUCCGUCUGACCGACCCACGCCCCACCCUCUGUGUGCCACUGUACAGGGAUAUGUUACUGGAGGACACACACACACACGAAACCAGUGCGACUUUUGAGUAUAUUUUAGUGCAGAAUCUUACCGUUACCGCGCAGCAGCCGAUGAGACGAAGCGUACAGCAGGUUUCCGAUGUGUUCCUUGCAGUAACUGAAUUAAAUCACUUCAUGUACACUUUUCUAAAAGAGGGACGCCCGAGACAGUCUGUUAUUUUAACGCGUGCUGCAGAUUUCUUUUUUUUUCGCCCGCCUCAGAUAGCUCUGAAAUAGGGCUGCGCAGUCUAUCGCAAACAUAACAUAGUCGCAGUGUCACUGAAAACCUUUUUUUUUUUUUAAAUGCAAUAGAAACUCCCCCAAGUUUUUGUGAAAUUAUGCCUUAUGUCCCAAUCUAAUAUUCAACGCACCUCUCCUGCGAGAUCUAGAACCAAGACAUUGACGUACGUAGAUUUUGUCCCCCGACGCUGCGCUGCUCCUCCAAAACUGCAGAUCUAUAAGUGGAUUAACAACAAGUCAUAUUGUCUCGGGGGAGUUCACCAACAAUGUCGCAGUGGCAUGAUUUUCUGCUGCUUUAAAACGACUUCCUGAUUUGGAAAUGACCCGUCUGUAAAACUCUAAAAACAGCUGUACAGUCAGAGCAGCGUAAAAAAAAAAAUAAUUCAUCUGAAAAACACUAACAUCUAAUGAAUCUGUUUGUUAGUCGAGUUGGAGUCUCUUUUGCCAAACGUACACAUUGACUUAGUUUAAAAGUGUUUUUUUUUGUUUGUUUUUUUAUAUAUCUAUACGUUACACUGCUGUAACCAAAAGAUAGCUCAGAUUUAAUUGGAAACGAGUUGUUUUGACGUCUGCAAUUAGCUACCAGUUUGGAGUGACUGAAAAGAGAACUUAAAAAAAAAAUCUCCUUUUCCUACCUCCUUGCUUACUGACCCAGCCCUCUGUAAAUCCAUUACAUCUACUGUCUCUGUUAGUAGACACCGUCGUCUUGUUUUUUUUCCCGUUCGAACAACAUGGAGGCUCCUGUGACUUCAGCAGACUUAAUAAAAAGGUAUUUAGGUUUGCGACAUGGAAGCUUAUGAGGGUUCAGAAUAGUAUCAAGCAGGUGCCGGUCCUGUAGAUUAUUCCACUUCGGGUUGCUUUAGUUCCUGCUGAUGAUCUUAGCGCAGAUCAAAUGAAAUAGUUAAAGACGAGAAGUCAUCCAUAGAUUUCAAGUUAUGACCUCCGCCUGGCUGAAUGUUACCUGAUUACAGUGUCAUUUCACCUAAUGGCUCCUUUGCCCUUUAGCAUCUUCAGUGAAGAUGGAUAAAUUUUUUUUCUGGGCAGAGAGCUCCCUUCAGACGGGACGGUAAUCACUGGUUCACUUGUAAAGCAACAUGUGACUUUUAACAGUUAUGUAGACUAAAAUGUUGUAAUAGUCAGGUAACUCUGUUGCUAUUAGCAGUUGUAGAAUUGAGUUUAGGACCAAUCACUUACGUUUUACAGCUUUUUGAAGGUAAUAUAUAUAUUUAAUUGGUCUUAGGUGUAGAGAAUAGUGUUUCUUGGGCCUAAACUCAAGUGAAUCAGAGUUUUUACAAGGGCAUAAUCCGUAGUAUCACAAUUUCCUAAAAGUAAAAGCAAACCAUCCGUAAAAUUUCAGUUAAGCAACCGUUUUGUUAGAAUAUUCUUUGUUUUAUCAUUUGCAUGUAUUUGUGGAAUAAGCUUGUGUAGAUUUUAUUUUGUUAAAGUUUUUUUUUUUUUUUUUUCUUGAAUAAAGGCUUUCUGCAUUUGCCGUGUCAAGACUGAAAUGAAGUCAGAUUUGGCUCACAGUAAAGUUUUUUGUUUUUUUUGUUUUGUUGUUGUCUAUUUUUAAACAGUAAAAGUUGUUCCUGUACCCUGCAACAAAAGUAUUGGCGGAUGUUAACUUUAUGUCAAUAAAGAUUUCUUAUUUUACUGUAAA